AUGUUUGGCCCUAAUGUACAAUUGUAUGCUGCCAAACAUCCUGUGCAGCCAGAGGAGAGAGCUAAUGGGAAAAAAUUUGCAUUUUCUAUUAAGAUCGGAAACGAUGUUUGGAUAGGAGGCGGUACAAUUAUUUGUCCUAGAAUGGCUAUUGGUAAUGAGGUUCGUAUCAAUAUUUCAACCAAGUGUUUUUAUGAACAAUAG